UCCCAAAAAUCUGUAUCCUAUUUAUAAGAGUCAAACCUGUUGUAUCCCAAAUAAAAAGAAGAGACAUGUUGUUCUAGAGUACCAUUUUCGUAUUAGUCAUUGUAUAUUCGUACAUACGACCUCAAAAAAUAGAUAAAAUGAUGUCACUUAUUUUACUCUCAUUAUCUAUUCCCAUAGUCUUGUUUCUCUACUUCCAAACACAAAAACCUAAAAAUGGCAACAAACUCACACCACCCGGCCCACCGGGGCUGCCGAUCAUCGGCAAUAUGCUCCAAAUCGACGGUCAGUUUCCGUACACUCACUUCCAGCGUCUCUCCAAGCAAUAUGGCCCCGUCAUGUCCCUCAAGCUCGGAGUUCGACACGUCGUUGUGAUUUCCUCAGUAGAAGCAGUGAAAGAGAUCUCGAAAUCAUAUGAUUCCAUUUUCUCAGGCCGACCUUCUCUUGUCGCCAUGAAUAGGCUGUCGUAUAACGGCAUAGAUAUCGGGUUUUCGGACUACAACGACACGUGGAGGGAGAUGAGGAAGAUCUCCACCCUCCAUCUCUUCAGCCCGAAGCAAGUUCAAUCAUCUUACCCCAUUUUCAGAGAGGAAGUGAGAAAUAUUAUGGAGAAGAUUGCUAGAGAUGCCUCUUCUUCCACUGUCGUCAAUUUCAGUGAGACGACGACGUCGCUUUUAGGUAAUAUCAUGGUCAGACUUGUGUUUGGGGUACAUGGAGGUGAUCGUUUCAACGUUCUUCUUCGCGAAGUUCAGGUCAUAUAUGCGGCCUUUUUUGUGGAGGAUUACUUGCCUUCGCUUCGAUGGAUUGAUAGGCUCUCUGGAAUGGCUGCAGCGCUUGAUAAGAUUUUUCACAAGUUGGAUUCUUUUUGUCAAGAAUUGAUUGAAGAGCAUAUGAAUCCGAAUAGGCCUAAAUCUAUGGAAAGUGACUUCAUCGGUAGUUUGUUAAGGAUUAAAGAAAAUGGAUCCUCUUCCUUUCCUCUUACAUUAUACCACAUCAAAGCUGUACUAGUGGAUAUGGUAAUGGGAGGCAGCGACACGGUAGGAAAUGCUAUAGUGUGGACAAUGACGUCGUUGAUGAAAAAGCCUUCGGUGAUGAAGAAGUUGCAAGAGGAGAUAAGGCGGUUGGCCGGAAAGAAAGAUAUGAUCGAUAAACAAGACAUAGAGAAACUUCCAUAUUUGAGGGCAGUUAUAAAAGAGGCUUUGAGAUUGUAUCCACCAGGUCCACUAUCAGUGCCAAGAGAGACUACUGAUAAGUGUACUGUAAAUGGUUAUGAAAUAGAAGGUGGAACUAUGGUGUAUAUCAAUGUUUGGGCUAUUGGUCGAGAUCCUGCCGCGUGGGAAAAUGCGGAUGAAUUCUUGCCGGAGAGGUUCUUGGAGGGUCAGAAUCCGGAGUUGAUAUCGUUUGGAUUCGGGCGGAGAGGGUGUCCGGGAAUGGGAAUGGCGAUGGCCGAGGUGGAACUUGCGAUGGCAAAUUUUGUAUACAAAUUUAAUUGGGAAUUGCCGGUUGGAAUGAAGGAAGAGGAUAUUGAUUUCGAGUGUAAGCAUGGAGCAGCACUGCAUAAGAAGAAUGAUCUUUGUCUCGUUGCCACAGUUGCCGUAUAAAGUUUAGUGUUUUAGAAAAUAAUGAUCUCUGUAAAUAAAGGAUUCUAACUAAAUGAAUCCACUGAUACAGUAUUUUGAAAUAUUAUACUUACAUAAUGAUAAUAAUGAAAUCUAUUUACCCA